AUGGCAUCAGGUCUAGGCCAUGGUAGUAUGUCAUUAAGCAUGAAGUUUAUUCGACUACUUAUUGUUCUUUUCAAUAUGGCAUUUAUUGUUGCUGGUGUAACGUUACUUGUAAUUGGUAUUUAUAUCCUUAAAGAUCCUAAAAUGCAACAACUUCGUCCAUUACUUAAUACUGAUGUAAUAGCAAAAAAUUCUCAAAAUUUAUCAAGUAUUCAAAUAUUUGCUAUUGUAAUUAUUGUUAUUGGUGGUAUAAUAUUAAUAAUUGGAUUUCUUGGCUGUUGUGGAGCAUUUAAAGGUUUUCGAUUUUUACAUGUUAUUUAUGCAAUAAUUAUCGGUGGAAUAAUCCUUGCUGAAAUAGGAAUUAUUAUUUUCUUUGUAGCUUAUCAAAAUCGUUUUAAAUCCCAGUUUGUUAAUAAACUUCAAGAAUCAAUUGUAAAAUAUUAUGUUGGUACGCCAAUUAAUGAUUCGGCAAUCGUUAAUUCAGUAUCAAUGUCAUGGGAUUUUCUUCAAUUUAAUUUACAAUGUUGUGGUGCAGUUAAUAAAAAUGAUUAUUCAAAUGCUACUCAGUGGAAUCGAACAAAUCCAUAUGAUUCAAAUACAAAUUUAACUGUUCCUUUAACUUGUUGUCCUUUAAAUGCAACGAAAAAUUGGGAUAGGUUACCAACAAAUAUGAUUGAAGCUAAUACAUGUGCAAUAACAAGUGAAAAUGCCUAUUCCCAAGGAUGUUAUGAUCGUUUAAUUGAUUUAUUAGCUACAUAUAAAAAAUAUAUUAUCAUUGGUGCUGUCGUUGUAGGUGUUCUUGAAAUACUCGCUUUCUUAUUUGCUUUGUUAUUAUAUUGUCGUAAAGUGGAAUAUCAUGCUAUAUAA